GAUAUAUUACACAAAGGAGAAAGGACCUCAUACAGGAAGAACUGCCAUACUGAAAGGGUUAUUUUUUUGUUGCACCACACAACAUUUGACUUCAGUCAUGUCAGACAACCAGACUGUCAUCUCUCGCUCCCACUUGGUCCCAGUAGAAGGGGUUCUUUUGGAGGACCACAUCGCCACAGGCUUAGAUGCCGUGUCUGCCUUCUGUCCUCAUCCGUCGGACCUCCUUGUCAUCGCCUACCCUAAAUCAGGCUCAACAUGGACUCUGGAGAUAAUUGACCUGCUCCUUCAUAAAGGAGAUGUUGAGAGCUGCAGACGAGCCCCGAUAACGAUCCGAACGACUUUCCUCGAGGCUACCAUUCGACUACGCAGCAAAUCAGGUGUUGAUCAACUGAAGGAAAUGGAUCCUCCAAGAGUCAUUAAGACACAUCUCCCAUUUCAGCUGGUUCCACUCGGGUUUUGGGAAAAGAAGUGCAAAACGAUCUACGUUGCGCGCAAUGCUAAGGAUACCCUGGUGAGCUUCUACUACUUUCAUCACAUGAAUAAGACUUGUCCUGAGCCUGGAACCUGGGAUGACUUCAUCCACAAGUUUAUGCGUGAUGAGUUGCAAUGGGGCUCCUGGUAUGAUCACGUGAAACGUUUCUGGGAGGAACGAGAAAAGAGGAACAUCCUUUACCUCUUCUAUGAAGACAUGAAAGAGAAUCCUAGGCGUGAAGUGGCGCGAAUCAUGAGGUACCUGGACUUGUCUCUCUCUGAUGAUGUCAUCAGCCGUAUUGUGGAGCUGACGACCUUCAAGAAGAUGAAGGAGAAUCCAAUGGCCAACUAUACCUUCCUUUCCAACGAUAUUUAUGAUCAGUCCAUCUCCAACUUCAUUAGAAAAGGAGAAGUCGGUGAUUGGAAAAAUCAUUUUACGGCUGAGCAGGCAGCAGAGUUUGACGAGGAUUACAAGAAGAAAAUGAAGCAAGUCAACAUACCGUUCAAAACACAGUUGUUGCAAUGGGGGUCCUGGUACGAUCACGUGAAAGGUUACUGGGAGGAACGAGAAAAGAGGAACAUCCUUUACAUCUUCUAUGAAGACAUGAAAGAGAAUCCUCAGCAUGGAGUGGACCGAAUCAUGAGGUACCUAGACUUGUCGCUCUCUGAUGAUGUCAUCAGACACAUUGUGGAGCUGACGAGCUUCAAGAACAUGAAGGCGAACCCAAUGGCCAACUACACCUUUGUUCCCAAAAUUGUUUUCGACCAGUCCAACUACAGCUUCAUGAGAAAAGGUCAUUCAACACCAGUCAACUUCCGUUAG